AUGCGUUACGUGGCCGCUUAUCUACUUGCCACUCUUGGAGGGAACAAAGAACCAUCUGCAUCAGACAUCAAAGCCAUCCUUGAAAGUGUUGGCAUUGAUGUCGACUCUGAUCGCCUUGAUGUAGUCAUUAAAGAGUUGAGUGGAAAGGACAUCAAUGAGGUAGAUUUAAGUGCUUGACAUGCCAAUCAGUGAUAUAUUCUUGAAAAUUCCAAUUAGUGUGCAGAAUCUCAUUCAAAGGAUAUAUACCUCUAACCAAUGGAGUUUAGGGUCCCUUCUUCAAAUUACAGAUUGGGUGUUUUUGCCUGGGAUAAAUGUAACCAGAAAAAAAACAAGGUUGUUUAGCCUACAAUACAGACCAAGACAAUAAGAGUAGUCAGAUAUUUAUUACAUCUGGCUUCAAAUAGAGAGGAAAGAUUUCAGUUCAAACAAACUUUUGGAUUCAGCAGGCCAUAUAUUGAAGUGUGGCCCAUGAAAUUGACCAAUCACAGUGAAUGUACUAACCAAAAGGUAUACUAAAUAGGUUGAUUACCUUUCUGAAAAAUUCUUUAGUUGAAUUUAAACAUUUUACAAAUCUAAAUAAAGAACCUGUUUUUUUGUGAGUGAUGUGUGUCUUCUCUGUGUGUGGUGAUUAAGUUGUUUAAAUUUAGGAAGACCAACUGACUUCCAAAGCCAGUGCCACAUCCCCAAUUUUUUUUAAAGUGUGUAAUAGCAGUUAUUAUUUUUAGGGACAACCAGGUCUAUUACAGUAGAUACAUUUUCUCCAAGUAUGGGUUCCUCUAAAGGUGAAUUUGGUGUUAUUUUUUAGGUGAUUGAAGCAGGCAAAUCCAAACUGGCGUCAGUUCCCACAGGUGGUGCUGUGAUGGCAGCAGCAUCAUCAGGUGGGGGAGCUGCUGCUCCUGCUGGUGAGAAGGCAGAGGAGGAGAAGAAAGAAGAGAAGAAGGAGGAGGAAGAAGAAGAAUCUGAUGAUGACAUGGGAUUUGGCUUGUUUGAUUAA